AUGACUCUGAACUCAGACACGAAUUCGAUAACAUCGAAAUUGGACCUGCAAGUCGCCUCCACUUCCGCUGUUGCUGAGUCCAAUCAGAACCAAAUCUGUCAAAUGCUCCAACAGCAAGCCAAUGAAUUAGAGAUUAGUCUGGAGGAACUCAUUCCAUGGAUGUGCGCUAGCGCUGACAACACCAACAUGUUUGUCCUGUAUCGUGCGAUCUGGGCUUGUCUGAGAGCCACCAGUCUUGUGAGGUGUCUGCCAAGAACUCCAAAUGAUUAA